AUGGAGAGGCUGGAAGCAGAGGUUGAGCAGUUGAAAUCAUUGCUACACGAUCUGACCCCACAGCAAAUACCACUCCACCCACCCUUGGAGGACGCAGGAUUUAGGACGCAAGGCAGCGAGCUUGGACUAAGAGACUCAGUGGACACAAGACCGCACAUCCGAUCGAACGCCUUGGAAAAGGGUGUCGUUACACACAAUGAUGCUUUCGCAUGGUUCACAAGCUUCUUCACUGGUUCUCAUUACUUGGUCCCGAUCUUCUCGGAAAGCAGCGAUGUAAUGGCAUCCGUCGCGUCGCGGAGUGCCUUUCUCUUCGAUGCGAUCGUCAGCGUCGGGUGUCGCGCAGAGCAAGGCUUCAAUUCUCCGGUCUUUCGCCAAUUGCAGUCGCGCCUGCGGGAGCAUUUGACAACUUUACUCAUCACUUGCGAGCGGCCAAAUUUGGAAUCAGUGCAGGCUAUCACACUGAUGGCUGCCUACAGCGAGAACGGUUAUAUGCUCAUCGCGCUUGCCCUUCGAUUCGCGACCAAGCUUGGUCUUCACAAAGCUACCGAUCAGCUAUUGGCCUUGCAUCACAACCGAGACCUUCCCGGCACCGAGGAACGAGAACUGUAUCGUCUUCAACGCGUCUGGCAUGGCAUAUGCAACCUUGAGCUGUUCUUCUCGCUCGAUGGCGGUCACUUACCGCGAGGAAAACCACGAACGACGCCUCGCAAGAUCCGAGCCCUCCUUAAUCACACGGAAUGCACAGCAGUCGACGUUCGAUUACUCUCACAAGUAGAGCUCAAUCUGAUCCGCACCGAUGCGUAUAGUGACAUCCUUAAGUAUGGUGGGCCUUCACUCCUGCAAGAUGAGAGUACCAUUCGAAUCAAGGUACACGAUACGACAAUCGAGCUUUCGCUGUGGCUUAGCGAGUGGACCAACGUAGUGUCGAGGGAGCCGAUCGAACACAUGCGCGAGCUUGCGCUGCUGAACCUUCACAUCCAAUACGAUUGGGCUCUAAUCACGUUGCAUCUCAAAGCUGUAUCUGCUUCGGGCAUCGAGAACAUCGCCAUAAUGACCGAUUUUCAGAAAGAAAUGAUACAGAUAGCGAAAGAGGCGUCAACAAGACAUUUAGGCCAUUUGCUAGAAGUUUCCACUUCGCCGACGUCACCGUGCGGAGCGGCGCCUGCCUACCUCAAUACGUUUAAAGGUACUAUGGACUAUGUCUGGGCAAAGGGUGCAUUCUCCAUAUUGCUCGUACUUCGACUCUCCGUUCUCCUGCGCAACCCAGUAACUCACAUCCUGACGUUACUGCGUGACGCACACAGGGUCCUGGAGGAGCUCAAGAAAGUCACGAUUGGCUACAUACCGUACUUUCAGAUCCUCCAGACCAGUAUUGAGAAAUGCGAAGCAGCCAUUGGUGAUUAUUCUGCACAACAAGACAUCGCUGAUCCGAGCCUGGCGGUUAGUGGGCCUGCUGAGAGCGACUUCCAAGGCUAUGCACCAAACCAGUUCACUUUUGAGUGGGACUUUCCAGGUUUGAAUCUGAAGCACAUGCCACUUGGGUGGCAAGAUUUAUUUGUCGACAUCGACAACCUUUUCUAG